ACAGGCUUGGAUGACCUCCAGUAUUGACCUGGGCGAGGCGUUUUAUUUCCCACAAAACCUUAAAAUUAAGGCAGUGAAAAAUGAAGAAAUUCAAACUGUUGGUUGCACGAAAUUACAUUACUUGACGAAGCGAAACCAGUAUCAAGUUCUGAAAACUCGCUUCCUGUUUUUUUUUUUUUUUUUUUUUUGCGGUUGUCGCUGCGGUGAGUUUUCUUUUUGCAUACCAUUUUUCUCCCUGUCGGCUGUUCCUGUGUUCCUGUGGGUUAGUAUCCGAUACUAGCGAAGUGAAACCCAAGGAAACGAAACCUAACAUACUUUUUUUCUUUAUUUAUUGCGUGAUCCUCCCUCGAAAUGCUGACGUUUAAGCACCAAAACUACUCGAAACUGUGUUGCCACACAUGACGAGAAAAACAAGCAAACAGGCCGAUUAAAAAAAAAAACCCUAAAGUAUAAAACUUGAAGGGGGCGUGUGUCCUGUAGCCUGCGAGUCAAAGUUAGUACGGAAACCGCUGCUGCAGUCAGAGACAGCUCACAUCCAGCUGUUGACUCCUUCCUAAACACAGUAUCUUCACAGCGGACAAGAAGUUGAGCAGCAUGAACACUCUGAACCAGCAGUAUGAGGAGAGGGUUCGUCCCUGCAUCGACCUCAUCGACUCUCUCCGCUCUCUGGGUGUAGAGAGGGACUUGGCGCUGCCUGCCAUCGCCGUGAUCGGAGACCAAAGCUCGGGGAAGAGCUCUGUGCUGGAGGCGCUGUCAGGGGUGGCUCUGCCGAGAGGGAGCGGCAUUGUUACAAGAUGUCCACUGGAACUGAAGAUGAAGAGAAAGAAGGAGGGAGAGGAGUGGUACGGAAAGAUAAGCUACCAGGACCACGAGGAAGAGCUUGAUGACCCCGCAGAUGUGGAGAAAAAAAUUCGAGAAGCUCAGGAUGAAAUGGCCGGGGUCGGGGUGGGGAUCAGUGAUGAGCUCAUCAGUCUGGAGAUCGCCUCUCCUGAUGUUCCUGACCUGACGCUCAUUGACCUGCCCGGCAUCGCCAGGGUGGCUGUAAAGGGACAACCAGAGAACAUCGGAGAACAGAUAAAAAGGCUGAUCCAGAAGUUCAUCACAAGACAAGAAACUAUCAGCUUGGUGGUUGUUCCAAGCAAUGUGGACAUAGCAACCACAGAGGCUCUGAAGAUGGCACAGGAAGUGGAUCCUGAUGGAGAGAGGACUUUGGGUAUCUUGACCAAGCCUGAUCUGGUGGACAAAGGCACAGAGGAGACGGUGGUUGACAUCGUCCACAAUGAGGUCAUCCACCUGAAGAAGGGCUACAUGAUCGUCAAGUGCCGGGGUCAGAAGGAGAUCACAGAGAGGGUGUCUCUCACUGAGGCAACGGAAAGAGAGAAAGCCUUCUUCGAAGGUCAUCUGCAUUUCCAAACUCUCUACAAUGACGGCCAUGCCACUGUUCCUAAACUGGCUGAGAAACUCACACUUGAGCUGGUGCAUCACAUUGAGAAAUCUCUGCCUCGACUGGAGGAGCAGAUAGAGGAGAAACUAGCACAGACUCGUGCAGAGCUCGAGAGAUAUGGCAAUGGACCUCCAUCUGAUGCAGCUGAGAGAGUCGUCUUCUUCAUUGACAAAGUGACAGCUUUCAGUCAGGAUGCCAUCAGUCUGACCACAGGAGAAGAACUCAAGUGUGGAGACAGACUUAACAUCUUUUCUACACUCAGACGGGAGUUCAGGAAGUGGAUUGUCCAUCUGGACCACUCGGGAGAAAAAUUUAAUGAGAGGAUUGAGAAGGAGGUGGAGGAGUAUGAAGAGAGGUACCGUGGAAGAGAACUGCCAGGCUUCAUCAACUACAAGACCUUUGAGUUUAUGAUCAAGGAGCAGAUCAAACAGCUGGAAGAGCCGGCUGUCAAGAGACUCAAAGACAUAGCAGAUGCUGUGAGGAAGGUGUUCAUACAGCUGGCCCAGAGCAGCUUUGCUGGACUUCCUAACCUUGUGAAAACAGCCAAGGCAAAGAUCGAAGCCAUAAAGCAAGAAAAGGAGUCUACUGCUGAAUCUAUGCUGAGAACCCAGUUCAAGAUGGAGCUGCUUGUUUACUCUCAGGACAGGACCUACAGCAGCAGCUUGAGUGACUGCAAGAGAGAGGAGGAUGAAGAGGAGGAGGAGAGAGAGUUACGCAACAGCCACCCACAUCUUAAAAAGGCACCAAUGUCAAUUAGUCAGUGGACUAUUGGGAACCGCAACGAUAAUCAUGCAACACUGAAGGAGUUGAUGCUGCACCUGAAAUCGUAUUACAAAAUUGCGAGCCAGCGUCUGGCUGAUCAGAUACCGCUGGUGAUCCGCUACCAGAUGUUGCAGGAGUCUGCUAUCCAGCUGCAGAGGGAGAUGGUGCAGGUGCUUCAGGACAAGGAGAAUUCAGAGCUCUUGCUGAAGGAGGAUUUUGACAUCGGCACCAAGAGGGCUGCUUUGCAAAGUCGCCUCAAACGCCUCACACGGGCCCGUGCGUACCUGGCUGAGUUCUAGACGAGGUCAAGGCCUGACAAAAUGAGAUUACUGUACCGCUUUCACUUGUCAAAUAGUGCAGAGUAGCAGUGGUUGUGGGAUUAUAAUACCAUUAUUUGUGCUAUGUCCUGUAAAAUGGAGGGAUUUGCUCUCAGUGUAUCAAUUCGAUCAGAAGAGGCAUAUGGGGAGUUGUUUAAAUGUACUGUAAUAUGCACUCCUAUUAUUGUAAAACAAACAACAAAAUAUAGAGUAUUUUUUAAUGUCUGCUAUUCGUCACAAUGAAAAAUCAUUAAUAGGAGGAGAUUAUAGGAACAGAGUGUGUAAUCUCAUACCAUGUUUCUGAGAUAUCAAUAGUUCACUCCCAGUGAAUAUUAUCAUAUUUAAACACUUUAAAGGGUAUUUAAGUUGAUAAAGGUGCACCAGGCAGUUUUGUGGAAGAAACUUUAAUCAGAAAAGAAAGAUCUUUAUUGACUGAUCUUUUAGAAAAUAAAUGAUAUUUUUUAUGACUGAAUAAACAAACUGACCUUAAAGGACAACAAAAUGUCAUACUUUAUAGUUGGCAGACCCCGCCACCUUUUGAGCUUUAAAUAGUGUUCUGGGGACCGUAUUAUCCUCUGAGAACAGCUUGUUUAUUCAGUUACGGGAAAAAAGGAGCUAUUUCUGGCUUUGAAUUCUUACCUCAUCAAUAUAAUAUUUUAUAAUAUAUGAAAAUUCUGAGACUUCAUUUCUUCACCUAAACUACACUGUGCACCUUUAAUAGUGCUUAAAGUAUAGUUACAGACUUAAAAAUGAUCUGUAUGCAUAUUUUUCAUAUUUGUUCAUAUCUGUUUGAAUAAAAAAAAUAUUUUGCUUGAA